AUGUGCUCCUUUGCCCAAAUGAUACACAAAAUGUGCAUGUACAAAGAGAGAAAGCACCUUUUGCCAGCUCACUACAAAAACAGGGCAGGCCAAAAAACCUCCAGAUGGUUUUACACAAGAACCCCGUGGGAGUAUCAGGUUCUUUUCUGCUUGGACCGUUAUGCUCCGGUGUUUGUAAGCAUACUGAUAUUUUCAGGCUAUUCGUGGUUUGUGGCUGUCCUAAAUUACAUGAACACCCUGCAAAACAACGCCGUGAUACUUCUGUACGGCUGCGGGCUUGCAUACAUCGUCCUGUUCCACGAAAAAUACAGAGAGGCAUCCCCCUCCUGGGAGCGGGGAGUCAAAAGAGCUUUUCUUCUGCAGGCAGUUGGCAUAGUUAUUGCUCUCGGCAUCGCAGCGGUUAGCAGAAUAAACCCAGGCUCUUCCUUCACAAAGUAUUUUAUACUGGAGGAGGCUGUUCUAUACGCCGGAAUUAUACUGUACAGCAUAAACUACUCGAACACAAUUCUGGUAAAAAGAGCUCUUAUUGCGGCAACAGCGCUCUAUUCACUAAAGGCAGGCAUAUCUUUUCAGAAAACUCUUUCCGCUGGAGUUGCAUAG